GUAACGCUGAUUCCGAAUCUGAUAUUAGUUUUGAACCAAAUUGUAGCUUUCUCACAAAACAUCCCCUGAAAAAGGUCUCAAAAUGCAGACAAACUGCUUGAAAAGUUCUUGAGAAAGAUGUAGGCGAGUGAAGAAAGCAGAUCCACAAUAACCCUAACGUUUUUUCGACAACUCUCCGAUUCCGGUAAAAAUCAAAAUCUUAGUGCCGGGAUCGAAACUACUUUGUAGAUUCCUAAGUUCAACGAUUAAGUAACUGAGCACUCUAUUGUUAUGCUUGAUGUAAUAUUAGUCGAUGAUAUUUGUUUAUUUGAAGAAAGUAUUUUAAUCCCUUAAUUUAAAUAGUCGAAACUAACAAUGUGAAACAAAAAAUAAUUUUUUUUCAAAGUCGUUCUUCUAAUUUUAGUAUUUGAUAUUUUGCUAACAUAUAUGUCAACAAAAGAUUGGGAACAAGCAUUAAAGCAAAAUAUUCCUGAACGUAAAGGUUGGGUUAUUAAAAAUCGAUCAGAUUUAGAUGAAAAAAAAUUAGAUCUAAAUUAA